UCCUGCUUUAAGUCAUGCGGCCCAAGCCAAAUUCAAGUGUAGUAAUUCACAGGCUCACUGUUGGUUUUGCACUUUGCGGAAAGAAACAAAGCAAAAGUCGCACGCGUUGAGAGACGUUUUCAAUGUCCACCGUAGAGAAGCAAGUGAUGGUGGUUGCUGUCGAUGAUAGCGAGCAUAGCUUGUACGCUUUGAGCUGGACGCUCGAUCAUUUCUUCGUUCCCUUCGUUUCUAAUUCUCCUUUCAAGCUUGUUGUUCUCCACGCCAAACCCUAUGCUGCUACUGCUGUCGGUCUACCUGGACCUGCGGCUGCUGAGAUUUUACCGUCUCUGGAGUCGGAUUUGAAGAGGAUAGCUGCUAGAGUUAUUGAGAAGGCUAACGAAAUCUGCACCAGUAAAUCGGUGAAUGAUGUGAUAUAUGAAGUGGUAGAGGGUGAUGCAAGGAAUGUUCUCUGUGAUGCUGUAGAGAAACACCAUGCUUCAGUAUUGGUUGUGGGUAGUCACGGUUAUGGAGCUAUUAAAAGGGCGGUGCUAGGUAGUGUGAGUGACUACUGUGCUCAUCAUGCUCACUGCAGCGUGAUGAUUGUGAAGAAGCCUAAGAUCAAACACUAAGACAACUUACCUCUUCUGAAUUAAUAGUAAUUGCAACAUAUGCUUUUAUGUAAUGAAAAUAAUGGUGCACACUGUCAAUGUCAGAUACAUGUAUUUCAUAAUUGCUGCUGACUCUUUCGUGUAUGCAAUUACCUGUGUGUAUGACCAUUUUCCGUUGCUCUUCAGACAAUCAAUUUAUAAAUUAUAUUAUCAUAUAUAAUUAUGAUUUAACAA